AUGGCCAGCCUGGUGGACGGCACCGAGCCCAGCUCCCCUCCCUGCCACAUCCUCACUAUCCCCGGAAACGUGUGCGCUCCCCCAGCCGUGAAGCCCGCCCAUUAUCAUCGCUGGGGAAGUGUUGCCAUCAAGCUCGAAUGUGUGAAAACGAAGCACCCCCAGCUGCACAUCGAGAGCAAGUUCUACAAGAUGAUGCAGGGAGGAGUGUCCCCUCUCGUCCCCCAGAUCAGCCGCAUUGAGUACAUCCACUCCAAGAACUUCAUCCACCGGGACGUCAAGCCUGACAACUUCCUCAUGGGGCUGGGCAAGAAGGGCAACCUGGUGUACAUCAUCGACUUCGGGCUGGCCAAGAAGUACCGGGACGCCCGCACCCACCAGCACAUCCCCUACCGGGAAAACAAGAACUUAACCGGCACUGCCCGCUACGCCUCUAUCAACACCCACCUGGGCAUCGAGCAAAGCCGUCGGGAUGACCUGGAGAGCCUGGGCUACGUGCUCAUGUACUUCAACCUGGGCUCCCUGCCCUGGCAGGGCCUCAAGGCAGCCACCAAGCGCCAGAAGUACGAGCGGAUCAGCGAGAAGAAGAUGUCCACACCCAUCGAGGUCCUCUGCAAAGGCUACCCCUCUGAGUUCUCCACAUACCUCAACUUCUGCCGCUCCCUGCGGUUCGACGACAAGCCCGACUACUCCUACCUGCGCCAGCUCUUCCGCAACCUCUUCCACCGGCAGGGCUUCUCCUACGACUACGUCUUCGACUGGAACAUGCUCAAAUUCGGUGCCGCCCGGAAUCCCGAGGACGUGGACCGGGAGCGGCGAGAGCACGAGCGCGAGGAGAGGAUGGGGCAGCUCCGGGGGUCUGCGACCCGGGCCCUGCCCCCAGGCCCGCCUACGGGGACCCCCGCCAACCGGCUCCGCAGUGCUGCCGAGCCUGUGGCCUCCACCCCAGCCUCCCGCAUCCAGCAAGCUGGCAAUACUUCUCCCAGAGCGAUCUCACGGGUCGACAGAGAGAGGAAGGUGAGCAUGAGGCUACACAGGGGCGCUCCGGCCAACGUUUCGUCCUCCGACCUCACUGGGCGGCAAGAGGUCUCCCGGAUUUCAGCCUCACAGACAAGCGUGCCAUUUGACCACCUCGGGAAGUGAGGGGGAGCCCCACCGGACCAGUAUUUGCUUAGUGUCUUCACUGUAUUUUCUUUUAAAAAACAACGAAAAGAUGGGGGAAAAACCACUCAAGAGAACAAAAACAGCAAAAACCCAGCACAAGAGCGACGAUGGAUUUUGUUUCUUUAAUUUUUUAUUUUAAAUUUUUUUUUUUUGCCAACGGCAAGAAGAUGAGAUGCUCUCAGCACCGAGGAUUCUUGUCCCUUUGCAUUUCCUGCUGCCCACCGCCGUCAGGCUGCCAAAGGCUUCCCCAGACACCAGGCCACCGUGCCAGACGCCCGCUGAGGCCAGGAGAGGGACAGCUCAGCCUUGCGGGCCAUGAGGAGGUGGCCCAGGAGCCUGGGGACUGGUUUGUUUGGGUGGAGACGGUCUCACCAGGUGUCCUUGAGCCUCAGAACCACAGGGGACUCACAGCCCCGCUGCCGGGGCGAUGGAGGCUGGCUUUCCGUGUGGGCUUCUCCCAGUGUCCCCCUGAGCGUUUGGACCGUCCUUUGCCUUUGCAAGGGGACUUCAGUUGUGGGCGCUAAGGUGAUGGGGGCCGAGCCUCCUCCUGUGCCUGUGUGUGCGUAUGUGACCUGCAUCUCCCAGGACAGCAGGACCUGCCCACCUGCCCGGCGGAGUUUCUGUUCUCAUCCCCCAACCAGGACGCGGGGUGGGUAACGACCUGCGUGCGUCUCAAGGAGGGCACAGAGUGUCCGUGCCACCACCAGCCCCUCACCACCCUGCGGCAGCCCUGUCCCCAGUCCCUGGAGACUCCUUCCAGAAAGCACCUGGCCCCUGGGGUCUGGGUGAAUUUCCUGGUCCUGACACCCCCGGGGGCCACCCCCUGCACCCGGCCUCUCCAGCGAGGAGCCUGGGUCAGGGCUGGGCGCUGACUCACCCACCACUCCUAGUUAACACCCGUUUUUAUUUUUGUUUGUUUUCUCCGUGUGUGUAUUUCCUAAUUUAUUUACCUCUGUUUCCCUUUCUUUCUUUUUCUUUUCUUUUUUUUUUAAUUAAAGAGCAAAGCUUUUUAUAACUUUGUAAUUUAAAAAACUGAAAAAAAAUACUGAAGAACUUUGGGGGGGAAUUUUGUACUUUUUUCCUGUGUAAAUAUUGGACUUUUUUGAGCUUUAUUGUGGUUGUUAAUUUGAAGUAAUAAAGUAGAAAAGGAUAAAGUGA